AUGGCAGAAAUGAACGCGGCCGAAAGGUUCGCCCUCAUCAAGGAGAACCUUCAAGAAAUUCUCAACCCGGAUAUCAUUGAGGGCAUUCUCGCGGAGGGGCGCAACCCGAAGAUCUACUGGGGAACGAGUCCCACUGGCAAACCUCACUGCGGAUACUUUGUGCCUGCCGUCAAAAUCGCACAGUUUCUGGCUGCCGGUUGCGAUGUGACGAUCCUGAUUGCUGAUAUCCAUGGUUUCCUCGAUAACCUGAAGGCGCCGAUUGAGCUUGUCGAAUACCGCGCGAAAUACUAUGAGUACACAAUUAGAGCGAUGCUCCAGGCUGUGGGCGUCUCGACGGAGAAAUUGCGCUUCGUCCUCGGCAGCUCCUACCAGAAGAGCCCCGAAUAUGUGAUGGAUGUGUACAAACUGUGCUCGCUGGUAUCGGAGCACGACGCGAAGAAGGCUGGUGCUGAAGUCGUCAAGCAAUCCAACAACAGCCCUCUCAGUGGUCUUCUCUACCCUAUCCUCCAGGUUCUGGAUGAGCAGCACCUCGAUUGCGAUGUUCAGUUUGGAGUAGGAGUUGACCAGCGCAAAUUGUUCGCGGCAUCCACCGAAUGGCAGCCCAAGCUGGGUUACAGAAAGCGCGCACAUCUGCUGAACCCCAUGGUCCCUGGUCUUACCGGUGGUAAGAUGAGCUCGAGUGAAGAAGAGAGCAAGAUUGAUCUUCUCGAGGCCGCGGAUACUGUCAGAAAGAAGAUCCGCAAGGCCCAGGCUGCUCCCAAGGAGAUUGAAAACAACGGUGUUCUCUCAUUUGCAGAAUUCGUCCUGCUUCCCGCCUCCGCCCUGAAGACUGGCCGCCCAGAAUUCCGCGUCAGCCGUGAGAGAGACGGCCUGGAGCCUCUCGUCUACAACGACAUCAAGCAGAUGCAGGAAGAUUACAAGAACGAUAUUUUGACACCGCAAUUGCUCAAGCCCGCUGUGGCGGAGGCUCUCGUUGAGCUUAUGGCCCCUAUCAUCACAGCUUUUGAGGCCUCCAAAGAAUGGCAGGAGGUCACAUUGAAAGCAUACCCCCCUCCGGAAAAGAAGAAGAAGGAGAAGAAGCAAAAGGAUAAAGGAAACCGCUACCCUGGGGCCAAGACUGCUGAGACAGCUGAGCUCCCUCUCCGGGAAACUGGAGUUCAGGAACCUACAGCGGAUUAG